AGCUUUACCUCCAGUGAGCGCGCGUGUCUUGAAAUAUGAUGCAUCUGAACAACACCGGCAUUGGAAUGCAAGGGGCAUUUAUUCUUGAGACAAUCCUGAACUACGACACUACACCCAAGUCACAAGGUCUCCCUUUUGGCUCUAACCUCGUCAUACCAACGGAGUAUGCUAUAAUAGAAAAAAACGAGUUCAGAGGAGACUUUCUUGCUGUCAUUGGAAGAAAAGACGAUGACAAAGAACUGAUGRCUAACCUUACUGGAAACUAUCCACAAGGACGCUUCAAAGCAAUGAAUAUUCCAUUGCCGUUUAGCGGGAAGACGACAGAUCUUCCCCCCAUGCAACAAGCAGGCUUCUCACACUUCCUAAGGAGCGACCACGCCAACUUUUGGAACGGUGCAAUGUCAUGGCCAGCGGUAUUCGUAACAGACACAGCUGAUUUCCGGGGUUUUAUGAAAACGUGUUACCAUCARYCGUGUGACAACAUGAMUAGCGUGACACCUGAUAUGAUAUCAUUUCUGGGUAAGACCGUUGAAGCGCUCGUGAGCGCCGCUGGGAAAAUGACUGGCCGUGAUUGCCCUGGUAACGUUGCUU